CGAGCUUGUUGCGGCGGCGGCUGGGCUUGCGAGGCGCGAUCCAAGAGGGAUUUAAGCAGCCUAGAGCUCCAGAGGAAAAAAAAAAAGAGCGCGAGAGAACCACACACAGAGACGGCUUAACCGUUUAUCUGAAUUAUAUAUAUAUAUAAAGAACUGUUGAGUUUUAUCAUUUUCAUUAAGUGACCGUGCGCAGCGCUAUAACUGCAGAAUGGGGAAACAGAACAGCAAACUAGCCCCCGAAGUAAUGGAGGACCUGGUGAAGAGCACAGAGUUUAAUGAGCACGAGCUCAAGCAGUGGUACAAAGGUUUCCUCAAGGACUGUCCAAGCGGGAGGCUGAACCUCGAGGAAUUUCAGCAGCUCUAUGUGAAGUUCUUCCCUUACGGGGACGCCUCCAAGUUCGCCCAGCACGCCUUCCGAACCUUUGACAAGAACGGGGACGGCACCAUCGACUUCCGAGAGUUCAUCUGUGCCCUGUCCAUCACGUCGAGGGGCAGCUUCGAGCAGAAGCUGAACUGGGCCUUUAACAUGUACGACCUGGACGGCGACGGCAAGAUCACGAGGGUGGAGAUGCUGGAGAUCAUAGAGGCUAUCUAUAAGAUGGUAGGCACCGUGAUCAUGAUGAAAAUGAAUGAGGACGGCCUUACGCCUGAGCAGCGAGUAGACAAGAUUUUCAGCAAGAUGGAUAAGAACAAAGAUGACCAGAUUACACUGGAUGAAUUCAAAGAAGCUGCAAAGAGCGACCCUUCCAUUGUAUUACUUCUGCAGUGCGACAUUCAGAAAUGAGCUGAGGUCAACGCUAUGGACUGCACAAAAGUCUCAAUGUUCCAUUCAGUCUGCAGCUAUUCUU